AUGGAUUACGUACAAGAAAAUGCAAUAGGUUUGGAGGACAUCAAUUUAUUAGAAGAAGAUGAUGAUAGUGGAACUAUCUUGGACGAGGAAGGUAUUGAUAAGGAAGACAAUGAACAACAUCCUGUUGAUGUCAUUUCUCCGUGUGUUGGGAUGUAUUUUGACAGUGUUGACAACGUGAAGAAAUUUUACAAAGAAUACGCAAUUAGAAGUGGUUUCGGGACAAGAAUCAGAACUUCGAGAAAAGACAAUGACAAUCAACUAUGUUACUUCAAAUUAGUGUGUUCCAGGGAGGGAAAAUGUGUGUCAUCCAUACCACCUGAAAUGAAGACACUGCCCACACAAAGAAAGCAAUGUCCUACGCGCAUUACUGUCGUUAGAAGAGAAGAUAAGUGGAUGAUUAGCAGUGUGGUCCACGAACACAAUCUGACGUAA